UAGUUUUAUUGUUUACUUGCGAGUUGGCGAAGUGUCCGUCUGAGUUAAAUGUCUUAGACUUUACGUUAAAUUUUUUCAAAUUUGACUGUGCGAAGGGCAGAGAGCUUAAACAGUUCGAUUGCAUUAAAUUCAGGAAUCGCAAAGCUACCUCUGCAAUCAUUACAGGCCUCUACGAGUUAUGCUCUCGCAUUCCGCAUGGCCCCACCGCCUGUCGCCAUCUACCACGCAAUUCCUCACCACUUCACUAGCACACGCGCAAUCUGAGGAGUCCGGUAUCGAACCCGGCCACAUAGCGACUAUCACCGGCUCCUUCGCCUCUUUUCCCGGAAACGACCCGGAUCACUACGACACCGACCACACGGACUUGGCCAGCGAGCCCGACGAGGCCGCUAUCAGGAGGGAGCUGCUGAGAGAUCAAUGGAGACAAUUUUUCGAUAAAUACGACCCGGAAGGUUUCGGAGAAAUACCAUGGCCGGAUUUUGUGAACGCCAUGUCGGACCCGGACUUUCGGCAGAGGGUGAACACCGGCAAAAGGGAGAUUUUGCUAGAGAAAUCGAGAACUUCGAAUACCCAAGCCAUUACCUUUCAAGACUUCGUCAAUGUGGUUUACUGA